CUGAGCACAGCGGCACCAGGCUGAGCUAAACAGGGCCGCCCUGGGCAGGCCUACCUGGUGGUGCAGAAUGGAGCUGUGGCCCUACCAAUGGGAGGUGAUCAUGCCUGCCACAGCGCUGGCGCAGCGGCAGUACUCGUCCCGGAGUUUGUACUCGCGGCAGUUGGCGAUGACUUUUCAGUUUCCAUUUCGGGUCUCUGAGCUGAGCACAGUAGCACUAGGCUGAGUUAAGUGGGACUGCCCUGGGCAGACCUACCGACUAGAGCAGAAUGGAGCUGCGGCCCUACCAGUGGGAGGUGAUCAUGCCUGCCCUGGAGGGCAAGAAUAUCAUCAUCUGGCUGCCCACGGGGGCUGGGAAGACCCGGGCGGCUGCUUAUGUGGCCAAGCGGCACCUAGAGACUGUGGAUGGAGCCAAGGUGGUUGUAUUGGUCAACAGGGUGCACCUGGUGACCCAGCACGGUGAAGAGUUCAGGCGCAUGCUGGAUGGACGCUGGACCGUGACAACACUGAGUGGGGACAUGGGGCCACGUGCUGGCUUUGGCCACCUGGCCCGGUGCCAUGACCUGCUCAUCUGCACAGCAGAGCUUCUGCAGAUGGCGCUGACCAGCCCCGAGGAGGAGGAGCACGUGGAGCUCACUGCCUUCUCCCUGAUCGUGGUGGAUGAGUGCCAUCACACGCACAAGGACACAGUCUACAACGUCAUCAUGAGCCGGUACCUAGAACUUAAACUCCAGAGGGCACGGCCCCUACCCCAGGUGCUGGGUCUUACAGCCUCCCCAGGCACUGGCGGGGCCUCCAAGCUCGAUGGGGCCAUCGACCACGUCCUGCAGCUCUGUGCCAACUUGGACACGUGGUGCAUCAUGUCACCCCAGAACUAUCGCCCCCAGCUGCAGGAGCACAGCCAACAGCCUUGCAAACAGUACAACCUCUGCCACAGGCGCAGCCAGGAUCCGUUUGGGGCCUUGCUGAAGAAGCUCAUGGACCAAGUCCACGACCACCUGGAGAUGCCUGAGUUGAGCCGGAACUUUGGGACGCAGAUGUAUGAGCAGCAGGUGGUGAAGCUGAGCGAGGCUGCGGCUUUGGCCGGGCUCCAGGAGCAGCGGGUGUACGCACUUCACCUGAGGCGCUACAAUGACGCGCUGCUCAUCCAUGACACCGUCCGCGCCGUGGAUGCCCUGGCUGCGCUGCAGGAUUUCUAUCACAGGGAGCACGUCACUAAAACUCAGAUCCUGUGUGCCGAGCGCCGGCUGCUGGCCCUGUUCGAUGGCCAUAAGAAUGUGCUGGCCCACCUGGCAACUCAUGGCCCAGAGAAUCCAAAACUGGAGAUGCUGGAAAAGAUCCUGCAAAGGCAGUUCAGGAGCUCUGACAGCCCCCGGGGUAUCAUCUUCACCCGCACCCGCCAGAGCGCACACUCUCUCCUGCUCUGGCUUCAGCAGCAGCCGGGCCUGCAGACCGUGGACAUUCGGGCCCAGCUACUGAUUGGGGCUGGGAACAGCAGCCAGAGCACCCACAUGACCCAGAGGGACCAGCAAGAAGUAAUCCGGAAGUUCCGAGAUGGAACCCUGAACCUUCUGGUGGCCACGAGCGUGGCAGAGGAGGGGCUGGACAUCCCACAGUGCAAUGUGGUGGUGCGCUAUGGGCUCCUGACCAAUGAAAUCUCCAUGGUCCAGGCCAGGGGCCGUGCCCGGGCCGAUCAGAGUGUGUACUCGUUUGUAGCAACUGAGGGUAGCCGGGAGCUGAAGCGGGAGCUGAUCAACGAGGCGCUGGAGACGCUGAUGGAGCAGGCAGUGGCUGCUGUGCAGAAGAUGGACCAGGCCGAGUACCAGGCCAAGAUCCGGGAUCUGCAGCAGGCAGCCCUGACCAAGCGGGCGGCCCAGGCAGCCCAGCGGGAGAGCCAGCGGCGGCAGUUCCCAGUGGAGCACGUGCAGCUACUCUGCAUCAACUGCAUGGUGGCUGUGGGCCAUGGCAGUGACCUACGGAAGGUGGAGGGCACCCAUCAUGUCAACGUGAACCCCAACUUCUCGAUCUACUAUAAUGUCUCCAGGGAUCCUGUGGUCAUCAACAAAGUCUUCAAGGACUGGAAACCUGGGGGUGUCAUCAGCUGCAGGAACUGUGGGGAGAUCUGGGGACUGCAGAUGAUCUACAAGUCAGUGAAGCUGCCAGCGCUGAAAGUCCGCAGCAUGCUGCUGGAGACCCCUCAAGGGCGGAUCCAGGCCAAAAAGUGGUCCCGCGUGCCCUUCUCCGUGCCUGACUUUGACUUCCUGCAGCAUUGUGCCCAGAACCUUUCGGACCUCUCCCUGGACUGAGCACCUCGUUGCCGCAGUACCCGAUUCGGGCUGUAGGGGGCGGGAGAGUCCGCAGCAGCCGUCAUCUUUCCCGGGACACAGCCUGGUCCAGGCCCCUCCUUCCUGAAUCGCCAGCUGUGGGCAUCAGGCCCACCAGCCACAGAGGAGUCCUGGGCACCCUGGCUUAGGCUCCCGCAACGGGGAAACAACUGGAGGGCCAGAGCUCAGCCCAGACCUACCCUGCACGCACAUAGACACUUUCAUAUGCACUGGAUGGAGUUAGGGAAACUGAGGCAAAAUAAUUUGCCAUACUGUACUCAGAAUCACGACAUUCCUUCCCUACCAAGGCCACUUCUAUUUUUUGAGGCUCCUCAAAAAAGUAAAUGAAAAAAUGGGAUAGAAAA